AUGCCCCUGAGCGACAUCAAAAUCGAGCUCGAUCGGGUCGAGUUCUCGAAACUCCCGAACAUCGUCGCCGAAGUGUGGAAAAUUUUCAUGACCGUGCUCCGUGAAAGCAAAAUGCUCUGCAGUUUCCUGCCGCUCUUGUGUAUACUCGAAGGCUUGGAAAACGGUUUGGAUUUCAAGAACGGCAUGCUACUGGGAGACAUGGUCGGUGCCGUGACGCGACAGGACGCCCGCGGUUUCUCCUUGUUGACCAUCUGGAUCGGCGGGAUCGCUGUCUGCGGUGCGCUAGUCGGCGCGUGCAACAAUUUCCUCUCAGGAUACGCAACCGUCACGUUCAGGGAGACCCUGACGCGGCAGCUCCACCGUUUGUACUUCCGAAAUCACAACUUCUACAAAGUGAACUGUGCGGAAAAGCCAAUCUCGAACCCAGACCAAAGAAUCGGUUCGGAUGUCGACAUUCUCGCCGAGUCGCUGUGCUGGAUGCUGUCGGCGAUCCUGACAACCCCUUUCACUGUCUCAUACUACGUCUGUCAGGUCGGAACGACUCUCGGUUGGAUCUAUUCUUUCAUCAUCGUGGGCUAUUUUUUCCUUAUCGUAUUUCUGAACAGACUCCUGCAGAACCCCAUCGUCCCACGAGUCUGUGAGAAACAACGCUGGGAGGGUCGUUUCCGACAACAGCACCUGGACAUCGUUGAAAACGCGGAACGUAUCGCGUUCGUGCACGGAGCCGACCUCGCAGAAUUUCGUUACACUGAAAUUACGUUCAGUAAAUUACUGCGAGCAUCGAAGAUCGUUCAAUACCUCUAUCUUCCUGUCCUCUUCGUCACGCUUCUGGACGGUCGAAUGGUUAAGGUCGUGACCUUCAUCAUCUGCGGAGCUCAUAUAUUCGCCUACAGAAGCCAUCUGUCAGAAGCUGAAAUCAGCACCGAGUGGACGAAAACUGUUUUCGUGGUAACACAGCUCGGCGUUCUGUGCCACAGGUAUGUCAGCAUCAUCUGUUACCUCAUCCACAUCGAAGCCAUGAUCCGGAGAGUCGCCGAGCUCCUCGGCGGGAUGGACGAUUCGGGCAAGAUCAUCAACGAGCAAGGAUCAACUGAUAGUGAGCCUUCGUAUUCUGUGAGGGACUUGACAGUCACCGGACCAGACGGGACUGUUCUAGUCCGCAAAUUGAAUAUCGAUAUCAACACCGAUUUCAGUAUCCUGAUAACCGGCCCCAGUAACGUGGGGAAAAGUUCUUUUCUGAGAGUUCUCCGAAAACUGUGGGGGCCUGCCGAAGGCCACGCUAGGUUCGGCGGACACAACGAUCAAGUGAUGUUCCUCUCCCAAAACAUGUUUUUCGGAGCGGCAUGCAAUACACUGCGGAAGACUUUGAUGUAUCCAUUGGACGGCAAGGAGACGGGAAAAUGCGACGGGAGUGACAUCGCGGAAAUCCUCGCCAAACUACACCUAGCCCGAGUCUUCGAAAGACUGAAGAUGGACCUCGACGACGAUUUAGACGAACGGACCUUGGCAGUGCUAUCGUCCGGGGAACGGCAAAGAUUGGCCUUGGCGCGAGUUCUGAUCCACAGACCGAGGCUCGUGUUCCUUGACGAAGCGACAAACGCGCUCGACAAGCCGCUGGUGGAGACUUUUUUCAGGGAGUGCCGCACCCGAGGAAUAAAAACCAUAACGGUCUCCCAUGACCGGGAUAAUUUGUACAAAUUCCACGACAGAAUCUUGGAAUUCCACCAUGACUCCUCCUGGACUGUUCGACAGUGUAGAUCCGUGUGUAAUGAGUGAUGAUGCAUUUUCGGCGUG